GUUCCGAGGUGGUUGUGUCAUGCAUGGACCCAUACCGAGAAGCCAUGCGAUAAAGAUGAAUAAGCAGGUUCGACGGCUUGGACUGAAAAUAGCAUUGACAGCUCGAGCCGCAGAAGGAAAACUCCUCGUGUUUGAUGAUUUGGCAUUGCCUACGCAUAAAACAAAGAACAUUGUAAAUUAUUACAAUCAAAUGGAGAAGACAAAGAAAGUCCUUGUUGUUGAAGGUGGUCCUAUUGAUGAAAAGCUGAAGCUAGCCACCCAGAAUCUACAUUAUGUCAACAUAAUUCCAUCAAUAGGGCUAAAUGUUUACAGCAUUCUGCUACACGAUACGCUUGUGAUAUCCCGUGAUGCUGUGGAUAAGAUUGUUGCGCUGAAUGUAGCAGCAUGUGAUGUCCCGCGAUGCUGUGGACUAGAUCUACGGGUGAUACGAUACUCAAAUUUGAUUUGCGAGUAG